GGUAAGCAUCUUAAUGAUUAAGACUAAAUGUCAAUUUUUGUUUCAAGAACAGGGAAAAACAAUAAUAAACAGCACAUUAAGUAGGUACCAGCUUUUUACUCUCUGUGCACAAUGUCCUGGAUUGAAGGUGUUGGGGAUGAAGUGACCAUUGCCUUCAUCAUCACCUUGAUCAUAGGAAUCAUUCUUGUUGCCUGGAUUUCUACAGGUAUCAGAGAAAUUCCCUUCAUCCGGGUUAUCAUUGUUCAGCUGAGAAGACAGCAUGCACGAAUCAACCAGGAUCUACCCUCGCCAUCCCAGCCCGGGACAGUACCUGAGGAAGCUUCUGGAAGCUCAGAUGCAGGUAAUCUGCAGCCUGAAGUGACUGCAGCCUUUAAUGCGGCCACCACCCCUGAGUCUUCUUCUGACGACGACGGUACAUCUGUGGACGGAGCUGUAGCUCGAGGAAGCCUCGACAGCUCUGAAGAAACUUGCAGGGAUUUAAGUGAUGCUGGUAUCUCUAAUGUGGAACAGUCUGAAAGUGAAGGUGCUUUAAGUAAUUUGUCUGCUGAUGAACUGAGACAACGUCGACUGGACUUCUUGUCAGGGAAAUCAGUGCAAACAGCAUCAAAUAAUGAGGUUCUGCCUAGCAAUGAAUCUGUAGAAAGCUCCACGCAACAUUUUUCACCACCUGCAGGCACUUCUGACAAUUUAACUGCUUCAGUUGCAAAGAAAUCGUUAACACAAUUAGCCUCUAACUUACUUUCGCAGCCAAUUGAAACAUUGCAGAAUGAUGGAAACACUGAUCAGCAAAAUGUUUGCUCUGAAUCAGGAAAUCUAGAUCAGUCUGAACAAAGUGAUGCAGAUAGACUGCCUGGUGAGAUCAGAGUCCGAAUUAAAUUUCUCAAUGAUACUCAGAGACUUGUAACGGCCCAGCAUACCGAGACUAUUGGGAACUUCAGAAGGCGACACUUUGCUGCCGAGCUGGAAGAGCUAAAGCUGGUACGCUUCAUCUUCAACGGUCGAGAUCUGCGAGACGAUUCAUCAACCCUCGAAAGCUGCAGCAUCAACGACAACAGCGUGGUCCACUGCCUGGUCACGCAGCAACGCCGGAACGAAGACCAGAACACCCAUGUUGAAGAACAUGGGCUCGACAUUGGCCUCUUUAUGUUCCCGAUAUUUGGCCUCUUGCUUGCGUCCAUUUGGUACUUGAGGUUUUCAUACAGACAGCUGUUUAAUGUCACAUCAACCCUCACUCUGGCUGGAAUAUCGUUUCUCUUCUUAUUGGCCUUGAGUUCGAGAGUGAGGCCUGUCAGAAAUGGUCAUGAGCAUAUAGACUAGUAAAUGGAGUAUAUGCAUGGAAUGUAGAGUUUUGACAAUUUUUAAUCCUUUAUUCUUUUACGAUUGAUAUUUGAUUAAUAAGUGUAGUUUUCUUGUUUAAUUUUUGUUUUCCCAUUUCCAUGCAUCCAAUACCCUUUUAAAACAAAAAAAAUCAGUUUUGUUGAUUAUGCAAAUUUGUUAAAAGUUAUUUUUCCCAUAUUAUUAUUCGGAUUGAUUUUUAAUUCAUCAUAAACUUUUGUUUGGUUUGAAAAUGUAAAUAGAUACAGGUUGAAAAUAGUCAAUACAUAAAUACAGUAUAUUACAAUAUAAACUGGUAAAUGGAGAUUUUUGUGUUUUGGUAAUUAGAAAUAUUACAUUAACAUGUGUGUAUAUAUAGCUUUAUAUGUACCAUAACUAAUCAGUCAUAAGAUUUCUUUCUUUAAAGGGAUCUUUUCACGCUUUGGUAAAUUGACAAAUUUGAAAAAAGUUGUUUCAGAUUCGCAAAUUUUCGUUUUAGUUAUGAUAUUUGUGAGGAAGCAGUAAUACUGAACAUUUACCAUGGUCUAAUAUAGCCAUUAUAUGCAUCUUUUGACGAUUUUAAAACCUAAAAAUUAUAAAGCGUUGCAACGCGAAACGAUUGAAUAAUUUGGAGAGUUCUGUUUUUGUCGUUAAAUUUUGUGAAACUACGAAGAUUGCUUAUAUAAGGUAUAAAAUACGUCAAGUUGUGUACUCGGCGGAAUAGCUCAGUAGGCUAAAGCGUUUUUACUUCAGGACUCUGGCAGAACUCCAGGGGUCACUGGUUCGAAACCUGCUCCGAGCAAUGUUCUUUUCCUUUUUUAAAUUUUAUUCUUGAUUUUUUACUGGAGCUUUUACGAUCCAAUGUUUACAUUUAUCAAUAUAAAGCAUUUAAUGAAUAAGUUAAAAAAUGCCAAAAUCUGUGAAAAGGCCCCUUUAAAUAAUCUUGUAAAAUUUGAGUCUCAAUUAAAACAGCAGUUAAAAUCAUACAUGCCAUAAUUCUUCAAGUCAAAAUCGAUACAUUUAAUUACAAUUGCCAGGACAUUUAGCGAAGUGGCUUUACAAACUAAAAAUAAUAUUUCAUUUCACUCCAUAUUGCACAAUAUUGAAUAAAAACUACCUUAUUACAUUUUGUCAAGCAAUUCAGGCAAAUAUUGACUCUUAAUUUGUGUCAGAAUUUCAUAAACCAAAAUGUUUGCCACUUUUUUGAAGUAGACACACAGUAGCACUGUGCGCGUGAUGUCAAAUAGUCAGUUAGUCAAUUGUGGGAUAUGCUUUUAGUUGAUGUUCAAUAGAUUAGGGAAUAUUUUUAUUGAAAAUGCAUAAAUCAUGUAACACAAUGUUCAGGCAUCUGUCACUGUAUUAAAUUGAAUAUAAUUACAUUAUAAAAGUGAAUUAAAAGUUAGAAUAAAUGCAACAUGUACAAAAUAUUUACUGAAAUUGAAGUUUUUUUUUAAUUAUCAACUUGCACAUUCUGCAUUUUAAUAGCUUAUUUUUUAUCUGACAAAUAUAAUCACACUGCACACUAAACCUCUGAUGGUGUUAUGUACAGGAUAAUCUUUUCCUUUUGGAUUUAUUGGUCCAUAAAAUGCAUAACAACCUUUUUUCCAAUAUUAAUUUUGCUUUUUAUUUAUAUUUUACCUGAUUGGUCAAAGAACAAUUUGACAAUUUUUAUCAAUUUUUUACCCUUGAGAAAUUAAAAGAUUGACUUUGUCUGAGUGUUUAUGGCAUUAAGCCAUUUUUCCUUUAUUUUCUUGAGAUGUACAGAAAAGAUAUAUUUACAUACUUGUGAACUGAUACUGGUACAUAGGAUAUAGUGUUAUAAUAAGAGUUUAUGUUAAGUUUAAACAAUGAAACACUUGUAUUAUUGCCAUGUAGCUUACUUUGAAAACAUAGCAACAAACCACUGUUUGGAUGUCAAAAUAAUUUCACUGAAAUGUUUUUUAGAUUGUUGUUUAUCAAAAUAGCUUUGAUUAUUUGUAUGCCUACCCAGGGUGGGAGGCAUUCAGAAUUGAACUUGCCUGUCCAUAUGUACAUCAUACCGAGUGUUUUGAAUUGCUCUUUAACUAGCUCAAACCUUCACAGUUGAAUGACCUUAAUGUGAAGAUGAUCUGAAAGGAGGGAAUUUGGACUGCAACGAGUUUCGGCUGAAAUAUGGCCUGUUGUCUGUUUUUACACUAUAAAUUUUAAUUAUAUAAUUAAUAAAAUAUAAUGUUCAAAUUUUUGGUAUUUUCAAUAUCUCAUUAAAUACUAGGUGGAUCUUGCUCAAACUUUUAGAGUGGAAUGUCUUUAUUGUGUAGAUUAUUGUAAAGAAUUGAAGUUCGGCUACUGCAUAUUUUAGCAUAAUUGGCCAUUUGUUUAUUUAAUUAGCAAAACAUAUAUACCCUAAAUUGUGUGUUUUAUAUCCUGGUUGACUUUCAAAAUUGAAUUACUUUUAUGUGUAGAUGAUGGUAAAGAAAGGAAUAGUGACUUAAACCAGUGUUUGCUGACUUGUGUCCCUUUUUGUCUUCUGUAAACUAUAUAGUGCAUUGACUGUGUCCAAAUAUGUGUUGUGGGGGCAUCAGUGUCUGUGGAACAUGUCUAGGUAUAAGUUAAAAUAUCAUACCUUUCAAAGAGCAGGACCUUUUUACACCCUCAAUUAGGGGGAGGCAUUAAGUAUUGCACUAUACCAUGCCUACAUACAUACAUCCCAAAACAUAUGAUUUGAACAUCUCUUGAUUUUUGGCAUUAUUAUGGCUCUUUGUCUGUUUCUCCACUAUUUAAAAUAAAUUAGCACAAAGCUUGUUUGUUCAACUCCUAUCUAAGUAAUGGGUUUAUCCUACUAAAACAUUUAAAUAACCUUAAUAUGUGGAUGAUUGAAAAGAAAGAAAACUUGGCAGAAUUUAGUGCUGAAUUACGGUUCUUAAUCCGUUUUUUUCCACCAUAGAGUAAUCAGUCCAACAAUUUUGGGUUUUCAACUUCUCUUAAAAUAUUGGGUGCAUCUCGCUCAAGCUUUUCCAGGGGAACAACCUUAAGGUUUAGAUGAUUUUUAAGAAAGGAAUGUAUAGCUGAAAAUUCUUUUUUCAGAAUUAUGCCUUUUUUGUUUUGUUUUCACUAUACAAUAUAUAUAGUCCAAAAAAUUAUGUGCUUGUAACUCCUUUAACUGCUGGUUGAAUCUUGCUAAAACUUUCACAGUUAACAGACAUGAAUGUGAAGAUGAUCGCAAAUUAAGAAUCGGUGACUGCAACACAUUUUGGCUGAUUGGCACUUUGUAUUUUUGUUUACUGUAGAACAUAUAGUGGAUUUGUCUCAUUCCAAACAUGUGUUGUUGGGGGCACUAUUGUUUUAGACACAUGUCUAGUUUCCCCUUUAAAGUACAUAUAGGUACUUAUUUUAUUGCGAUUCUUACUUUUAUGUCGGUGGAGCCAUUCUCAAAUCUGAAAAUUUGUAUUUAUUUAUACUAAUUUUCACAUACAGGUGUACUGUACUGUCUGUUGUGAAAGAUUCUUGGGUUUUAAAUUGGAACUCUUUAGCUACAGAACUUUCAUAAAGAAGCAUCAUUCUUAUGAAAAUGUACCAAAUUUUAGCUUAUCUAGAAACUUUGAUGUGCAAACUUAUGUAAUAAUGUAAUAAUGCACUAAACAAAUACAAAUAGCCCCACAUUAAUUAAUUUCUAUGUAAACUGUGUAUAGGUACACAUGCGCAGACAAACAGAUGUUGGCUUGUGCUAUCCAUUGAAAUACAAUGUAUUAAGUCAAAGCUUAUAUGUGGAGAGAGUACAUUAGAAUUUAGAACAGUUAAUUUCGAAUGUAUUGUUCCUGCUUUUUUGUCACAAUUGUCCAGAUUGGUUAUUGAUAUUUCAACUUAAAUAUCAGUAUGCCUGUAUAGUGUAGUCUAGUGAAAAGCAUUGGCUGUUAUGACAUUCAUUUUGGAAUUUUUAAAAAUAUACAGAAUUUUAAAUGAAAUUGUUUUAGUUUUAGAUUUUUUGACAUGCAUUUGUAGGCAAUCAAGAUUUAUAGUACAUUUAUACUAUUUUUUUUGUGUUUAUUAAUUUAGUUUUUGUGUUUAUAAAGCAAUUACACUGCAUUCGAAUUUUAGUCCAUUAGAUUUGCAUAAACAUAUAGCUCUUUGUACAUCGCAUUAUUAUUUACUUCAUUUAUAUUCAGAUGUAUGUUUAUUGUUCUUUUCUGUAAAUUAUCGAAUACCAAUGAAAGGUUGGUAUAUUAUUGUUAAUUACCUGUACAUAACCACUACCAACUGAGUUCAAGUCUAUUACUAUGGAAUAGUAUGUGAUAUUAAAGUAAAAUGAAUAUCUAGUCCUGUGAUAGUUCAAUUUCCUAGACAUUUCCAGAUGCUAUUGGAAAAAAUGUAGACAUUCUAAAAUACACUUGUUAGCUUUAUUGUUAUGCAAAAUUUCUACGGUAAUUGCUUUUAUAUCAUUUUUGUUAAAAAUGAAGUAAUAUAUAAUGUAUUUACUUUAUGGUGCAUGAUUUGAAUAAUUCGUUUAAAGUCUUUAUUUGUAAGCAAAUCUUUUUCUAACAUUUUAUGUGUUUUGGCUGGCAUAGUCAUUAUCCAAAUAAGGUAUUUCAAGUUAUUAAAAAUUAAUUUAGAAUAUUUCUUUAUAUUGCCAAAAUGUUAGGUUACAUGUAUAAGGUUAAGGGACAUUUUCCUCAUCUUGCCUCUUCCUUCUUUGUUGUAAAUUUCCGAAUGGGAAUUGUGCAUGCAUACACAUGUGAAGAUGUUGUCCAUUAAAGCUUGAACCAUG